AACAGAUAAUACACAUCAUUGUUCCACCCGGGAAAUUUGGUGCAGAUGCAAUAACCAAAGUUAGUAAGUGUAAUAACAGACUUCUAAAACAUAUCCAGAUAAAACAGACCGUGAAGGGAAAAUAACUCCUUGAAUGAACUGCACACACCUCCUGGAUGAGCAGCAAAACAGGUUGCGAACCACUCUUCUGAGGGCAGGACUUUCUGUGAUCCCCUGGUCAGAGUCCAACCAGAGAAAUUCAGAGAUACUGUGGUUGAUGGAGGUGAGUGAUAAAUGUUCAAUUUAGCAGCAUAGUCGUUUUGUUCUAGAAAUGUCUUUUUCAUCGUUAUUUUCAACAUGUAUAGAAAUUCAUAACCGUGCAGAAAUGUGCAUUAAUCACUGUCACGCAUGUUCAAAUGACACCAUGAAUUAUAAACUGAAUAGAUAUCAACGAGGACAAUGCUUUUAGAUCAUAAUUAUAUGUAAUAAAGCAUUCAGUAAAAUUUGCUGCAUACCUUAUGUUAGUGUAUUAUACAGUAUAUAAUGGCAGAAGUCUAUUUAUUGAACUGUUAAUAGUUAACAUAUUUGGCCUGAAAACAAACAAGGCAGAUUUAGCCAACCUCUUAUUUGCCAUUGCAUUCCGAGAAUCUCAAUGUGUCUGUUGACUGAAUGCCUUGAUUAUUAAUUAUAAGAUUUUCCAGAUUGAAAAUGACAGUAUUACAGCUAGAAAGGAUAAUUUGUCGUACUACCAGCAUUAAAGAGUCUGAAAAAAAGAAAUCGUUUCAUCCAAAUGAAUCAGAUCUCUUUCAGUAAUGGACUAUCAGUUUCACCAGUUUGGAUCGCAUGACGACAGCUCUUUCCAUGGAGAGCACAAAAUAACUGCACUACCAGGUAUGAAGAAGAUAGUGGCUUUUGUCCUCUAUGGCAUCCUGGUGCUGCUGCUGUUAAUUCUGCUGAUGGUCACUGGGAUAAAAUUCUCCCAGUUUAACAAGGAAAUCACUGAUGUCAAACUUCACCUUGAGAGAAUCAGCCAUGGAGGAAAAACAUCAUCCAGUUCAGGUGGAACAGAGGUGCGUGAGGUCUACUUGCAGAAACUUGCUCCUGUUAGAGGAACAUGUCGGGACGGGUGGGCGUCUUUCCAGAGAAGCUGCUACCUACUGUCCACCGUUGCCGUUACCUGGAGCAAAGCAGAGCAGCAAUGCCGAACACACGGAGGACACCUGCUGGUUCUGAACAAUGUAGAGGAGCUGGACUUCAUUUCAAAAAUUGCUGAACUCAGAUUCAGCUACUGGAUUGGACUUGUGGAGCGAGAACAUGAGGGACACUGGAGCUGGGUGGACGGGACUGACUUCAAUUCAACCCCAGCUUUCUGGGAUGAUGGUCAGCCUGACAACUGGGACUACAGAGAGAACGGAGAGGACUGCGGGCAGCUUCACGCUUCUCAAAGACGCAAACGCAAGAGGUGGAAUGAUGCGGACUGUAGCCUGCCCUACCAGUACAUCUGUGAAACGAGGGAAUGAGAGACAGUGAACCCUCUCUGAGCUGCUGACCCCGCACCAACAUCACUGGCCUGAUAUGUUGGGGGAAAAUGGUUCAAAUUAAGACUGACGCAAAUUAUUUUCCCGAUAUCACUUGAUAAUUGAGGGUGUAGAUGAAAAAAAGAGAUGAAAUUUGAAUAAACACCACAUCUGUCUGGCUUUUCUUA